CGAGAUGAGAAGAUUAAACAGUGCAAAGUGAUUGAUGAUGAGAUGUUUCUGUUAGAGAGGACAGGCGUGGAUCGAGUGACGGUUUACAGUGGAAAAAAUAGAGGUGGAAUGGAUGUGGAGCGAUUAAGAGAGAGAUUAAUUAAAGAGCUGACCGAAAGUGGGAAGACAGGAGGAGAAAAAGGCAGAAAAAGAAUUGGAGAAACAGAGAAAAGCAAAGAAAUUUCUGUUGGAUGGCUGUGAAACCAAGAUAAGGUUUGAACUGCGUUUUCUAUUAUCUCCUCAGGGCGGACAGCAAAAUGUACUUUCAGAACAAACAAAGACAACAUUAUGUCUAACUUGUUAUUCCAUGUCUAUUCAAAUCUCCUUUUCAGUCCUUUGUUAAAAGCUGGAUUUUCCAAUGGGGUAAUAGAACACCGGUAAGCCCCUCAUUUUCAGUUUGGCCCGCCUCGCUAGAUCAAUUCCUCUGAUCCCUUUUAGCGGGCAGAUUAGACGGACCCAAGAUGUUUUGUCUCGAUGUGGAAGUGGUGGGGUGAGCUGUUCACAUUUACCAAUGAUCUAAAUCUGGAGGAUGAUUGAUGGGCUCUCUGGUUAAUGUGAGGUGUGUCAAUCCUCCAGACUCAAAAGACACACUCCUUCACAGAGGCGUUGAGCGCCCUGCAGAGUUGCGGGGGAUUUGAAGUUGGGCUUUGCCGUGAGCUACAACAAAGCAGGCAGGCGGGGACAGAAGACACAGAUUCAACAGAUUCCGUUGUGGUUUCAGCACAAAAAAAAAGAAGGGGCGCCGGCCUCUGCAGCGCGGAGGGGAACCAAGGCGGUCCGCUGCUGCCAUACUGAAAGGAGCGGUGAUCUGCAUUUGUGGCGUGGGCGGGCAGGUGAGGGUUAAGCCGUGGUGACCACGUUGGGCGGCGCGCCAAAGUGCGGGAGGGGAGAGGAAAAGGAGGAGAAAGAGGAGGGGUCGACGGAGGAAGAAGAAGAAGAGGAGGAGGAGGAGGAGGAGUAGGGGUCUUGGGCCUGGAGCCCAAACACCAGCAGGAUGGCGGAGAAGAAAGUUAGCAGCCUCCCUGCUAAGCUGAUUAAUGGGGGCGUGGCAGGCCUGGUUGGUGUGACUUGUGUAUUUCCUAUUGACCUGGCCAAGACCCGCCUACAGAACCAGCAGGGCGUCCAGGUCUACAAUGGAAUGUUGGACUGCCUCGCAAAGACGAUCCGCUCGGAGGGCUAUUUCGGAUGCUACAGAGGUACGUUUUUUGCGUUUUCUAAUCCCUGUGACAAACAACACUUCAACUGCGCUUUACUGCAAACUUAAUCCGGCCGCCUCGUCUGUUGUUUGUCCUGCGAGGCCUACGGUCAUAACAAAGUGGGGUCUGCUGCUCCUCGACGUGAGCCAUGAGCUCGUGUGCAGGUUUGCUCUAUUUGCGUUCCUCGUUGGUUGUGUGUCAUCAGCCCGUUUGUCUUCUCCAGGUGCCGCGGUGAACCUCACGCUCGUCACACCAGAAAAAGCCAUCAAGCUGGCGGCCAACGACGUCUUCAGACAGAAGCUCUCUAAGGAUGGGCAUCUACCCCUGUGGGGGGAGGUGCUGGCAGGGUGUGGGGCCGGGACCUGUCAGGUGAUCGUCACCACUCCUAUGGAGAUGCUUAAGAUCCAGCUGCAGGAUGCAGGAAGGCUCGCUGCCCAGAGGCCUGUUCCGACUCCAGCUCAGGCUGCUGCCUCUGGUACAGCUCAAUCAUUGGUGCCCCCCCCAACAGCACGACCUCCCCCUCCCCCUCGGACCUCGGCCACCAGCAUCACUGUGGAGUUGCUGAAGACUCGUGGCCUGGCAGGCCUCUACAGGGGCGCAGGAGCAACGUUAAUGAGGGACGUCCCCUUCUCAAUGAUCUACUUCCCGCUGUUCGCCAACCUCAACGCGCUGGGCCGGGAAGCAGCGGGUGACGCGCAGGCCCGGGCGCCGUUCUGGCAGUCUUUUGUGUCCGGCUGCGGCGCAGGUUCAGUGGCAGCUGUGGCUGUAACGCCAUUGGAUGUCAUAAAGACUCGCCUGCAGACCCUGCAGAAAGGUGACGGCGAGGACACAUACAAAGGAAUUGUGGACUGCACACGGCGCAUCAUGAUGCGCGAGGGCCCGUCGGCGUUCCUGAAGGGCGCCGCGUGCCGUGCACUGGUCAUCGCUCCCCUUUUCGGCAUCGCGCAGGGGGUCUACUUCCUCGGGGUCGGGGAGACGCUGCUGGGUCUGCUGGGAUAGCGGCGCUCGGCGUUGCCGGCGGUGGAUGCCCCCCUCGUCGCUGCAGUUGAACGAAUGACGCGACUGAUGCAGAGAACGCUGGAUGCAGAGAGAGGGAAACACGGCCAACCAAAGGACGGGGGAACGGUCGCACAUUCCAAGGGUCUAUUUUACUAACACGUGGACUAGCGGGUUCUAAUCACUAAUCGGGUUCCUCUAGGUUCGUCACGUGCUGUCAAACAGGGUCGUGUGUAGGUGUGUGUGUGAUCUGAGCACAUGGGUUAAUUUAAGGGGUUUGCUGCAUUACGUCUGGGGCCUUUCACCUGAGGGGGCUUGUUGUGGCCGGUUUAGAGCGAUCUGACCGUUUGUGUCGCCAUGACGAGGAACUGUGCACUGUCCUAUGCAAGUGACAAAGUCCCCCUUUAAUGCUUAUCAGCAACUGACUUUGCAUCUCGUUGAACUGGCGUCAAAUGCAAAAGAUUAGAGUUAAAAAAUGUUUUUGAUGUGUUUCUCCGGGAAAAUGAGCUUAAUCUCCUUCUGCCCUCUUAUACGUUCCUCUCAUUCCCAGAGGUCUGAUUUGUAAUCUGGGAUUCUCGCGGUAGAUUGGGAGGUGCCGGCUGGCAGGAACUCUGAGGUCAGUCGUUAAUCUGAUGGUGAUGCUUUAAUCCCGGCAUUAACGUACAAUAUACCCUAACACACGGCUCACUUUGCUGCUCGGGUCAGGUGAGACUGCUGGAAAAUAAAACCCUCGAAGGAUAUGUUAUUGCUUAGUUACACACAAAAAAAUACAAUUAAAGCCUUAUGAGUGCUGGUUGUUCCUCAAUCAUAAAAACUGUACGUCUUGAAUGAAUUCAGUGGAAUUGGGAGUUUUGGAUCAUUGAUUUGGUACGUGAGUCCAAUUUAGCGAGGACAAUUCUAUUUGUUAGACCCGUGGACGAGUACGGCACCUCGUCUUGCCAACUCUUUGCCAUUACUUCAAUCCACUGCGUGGCACUAAAAGAUAUUUUUAAUGUAAGACACGUUGUGAUGUGGCUACUGUACCUAGGCUACUGCAUUUUCCUCUUUGUAGAUCGAACAUAGCCGGAGUAAAAGGUUUGUUUACGCACUGUAAAUAAAGAUGUCUCAUACAUUCUCA